AUGGCUACCUUCAAAGCAUCCAAAAUCUUGGUGUUCGGCGCGACUGGCCAGAUUGGUGUUUUCAUCACAGCGGCAUUGCUAGAUGCCAGCCCCUCUUUUGACCAAAUUACCAUCUUCACAUCGCCGACCACAGUGGAGAGGAAAGCAGACUUGCUCGAUGGCUGGAAGAAGAAGGGACUGAAGAUCAUCGCCGGCGAUGUCGACGACACGGAGCAAAUCAAGGCGGCUUACAAGGAUGCCGAUACCGUUAUAUCUGCGCUGGGUAGAAAUGUGAUUGAGAAGCAAAUCGAUCUCAUUAAAUUGGCCGAGGAGACCGACUCUGUCAAAUGGUUCUUCCCCUCCGAGUACGGAACGGAUAUCGAAUACGGUCCCAAGAGCCCCAAUGAGAAGCCUCACCAGGCCAAGCUCAAGGUGCGCAAGUACAUCCGCGAGAGUGUUCAGAGACUCAAGUACACGUACCUGGUAACGGGCCCUUACGUCGACAUGUUCUUGACUUUGCCGUCGAUUGCGCAAGAGGCUGGCGGGUUUGACACAGCUGCCCGUAAGGCAGUCCUGAUUGAAGACGGCGAAGGGAAGACUGGUCUUAUCACCAUGAAAGAGUACGUUUUCAAUUCCACACGCUUACCCGUGUCCCCCAGUACUGACUUGAGUGUUCAAAGCGUUGGUACAACAUUGGUGGCAUCGCUUCGUCACCCCGAGGCAUCCUUCAACCGAGCUCUCAAAGUUCAGUCCUUCGUGGCGACCGGCAAGGAAAUUGUGGCCGAGUACGAGAAGCAGACUGGAGAAAAGUGGGAAAUCGUCUAUUCGUCGCUGGAGACCUUGAAGAAAGCUGAGGAGAAGGCUUGGGCUGAGGGCAUCCCUUACGCCACCAUCUUUACCUUGCGACGCAUCUGGGCUGAGGGCGGCACUUUGUACGACAAGACUGACAAUGAGAGGAUCGGGCUUGGACCAAACGACGUUGAGAGCUUAGAGAUCGCUGUCAAGAGAUCACUGGGUAAGAUUCAAUGA